AUGGCUAGCAAUGAAGAUUUGCAGAAAAUUUGGGAGUGGAAUGCUAUCGUUCCAAGAUCAAUACAGAUAUGCAUACACGAUAUUAUUGCGAAGGUAGCUCGAGAGCAGCCAAAUGAGCCAGCUAUUUGUGCUUGGGAUGGCGAAUUGUCGUAUAGGGAGCUGGAUGAACUCUCAACAAACCUGUCAUGCCAGUUAAACGCUCUCGGCCUUGGACAUGGGAUUGUUCCCCUCUGCUUUGAGAAAUCAGUAUGGAUGCCGGUGGCCAUGAUUGCGGUUUUUAAGGCUGGAGGCGCAUGCGUUGCCCUUGAUGUUAAUCUACCAGAGGAGAGGCUCCGAGGGAUUGUCCAGCAAGUUCAGCCAAAGGUGAUUCUUUCAUCAUUCGCAAACAGGAGUAAAGCGUCGAAAAUAGCCAGAAAUAACAUCUCGCUCAAAGUUGUUGGCAAAUCCAGCAUUCUCGAUGAUGAUCUUAUACCAAUGGAUUUUGGAACGGUUAAUAAGUCCAUAUUGCCGGCCGUGAAUCCUUCGGAUCUACUUUAUGUAGUCUUUACGUCCGGCAGUACUGGGGUACCGAAAGGAGCAAAAAUAAGCCAUCAAAACUUUGCCAGCGCCUUACACUAUCAGAGCGAAAAAUUAUGCUUCAGUUCGACAAGCCGAGUACUGGAUUUCGCCUCCUAUGCCUUUGAUAUAGCUUGGUUUAACGCCAUCUUCACACUAUGCUGUGGCGGCUGCCUAUGUAUAGGGUCACAUGAAGCGAUGCGCAAUGACCCAGCGGCUUGUAUACAACAGUAUAGAGUCAACUUUGCCCAUCUUACACCUUCUCUCACGCAUAUCGUUUCUUCACAGGCUUUAUCUCAGCUAGAUGUUCUAGUAACUAGCGGGGAGAUUCUUACUGCCUCUCAUGCUGAAAGGAUUUCACUCCCUAAAAAAAUUAUUAACGCUUAUGGCCCUUCCGAGUGCACUCCGCAUGCUACCGCUUCAGUCAUUGAACAGACAGAAUUGAUGUAUCCGCCAAUUGGCAGGGGCUAUGGAGCGUGUACUUGGGUGGUAGACUUGGAUGAUGAGAGUCGUCUCGUGCCCAUAGGAGAAGAAGGCGAGCUAUGGCUUGAAGGCCCGCUCGUAGGCGAUGGAUAUCUCAACGAUGAAGAGAAGACUUCAUCUGCCUUUGUGGUUGAUCCUCCAUGGCUUCUUAGUGGUGCGACAGCGAGGGACAGUCGGCAUGGUCGUUUAUAUAAGACUGGAGAUAUUGUUCGGCAGAAUGAAGAUGGGACAUUUAUGUUUAUCCGCAGAAAGGACGCCCAAGUAAAGAUUAACGGUCAGCGGGUAGAGCUCGGUGAAGUGGAAUAUCAUGUCAGACGCUUACUGCAUGAAAGUUCUCAGCUGGUAGCGGAAGUGAUAAAACCACGCAACGCCAGCAGUGCGGUUCUUGUCAUAUUUAUCUGCAUUGACGAAUUUGAUAACAAAGAUAAAGAUGCUUUGAAGGAAUCGGUGGCGGCUCUAACGCAAGGAGUAGAUGAACUUCUUGCCCAGGUGGUGCCAUCCUACAUGAUACCCUCCGCGUACAUUCCCAUAAAGAAUAUUCCAAUGACGGCAACGGGGAAAACAAAUCGAAGAGUCUUACAUGAAAUUGGCGGCGAUUUGACAACUCUUGAGCUAGCAGCGCUUGAUCGCAAAAGACAGACCGAAACUCAGGCGCCCAAAACGGAAGCCGAAGAGAAGAUGCAAAGUUGGUGGGCCACAGUAUUGGGGAUUGAGGCCUCGAUGAUUAGUCUCGAUGAUAAUUUUCUCCAUAUCGGUGGCGAUUCUAUUCAAGCCAUGAAGCUUGUUGGAAUUGCACGCCAGCAGGGGUUGGCUCUAACUGUAGCCGAUAUUUUCGAACAUCCUCGCCUAUUCGCGCUUGCUCAGCUUUUGAACCAUUCCAAUCUUGUUUCUGCGUCGAGCAAUGAGCUAGUAGCCCCAUUUUCUCUCCUUGGAUAUGGGAUAAGCAUACAGGACGCCCGGCAGCAAGUCGCGUCCCAGUGUGACCUUGAUGCUGCUCAAGUCCAAGACAUCUUUCCCUGCACCCCACUACAGGAAGGGUUACUUGCCAUGACAGUCAAGCGGCCAGGCGACUAUAUAUCGGAAAGGAAUUUUACGCUUCGGCCUGGAAUAGAUAUAGAAAGGUUUAAAAGAGCCUGCGAAGAUGUUGUCGCCAACCUCCCCAUCCUUCGAAUGCGAAUCUGUGAUUUGCCUGGCAUAGGCCUCGUACAGGCGAUUCUGAAUGAAAAGUUAUCAUGGGAAUCAACUGACAAUGAGGAUUCUAAAAUGUCAGAUAGAUAUAUGGCGUUUGGCGAUAAGCUAACUCGAUUUAAUUUGAGUGUUGAUCGUGGCCUUGGAACCGUGUUUAAGUGGAAGAUGCACCAUGCACUUUAUGAUGGAUGGUCGGUGCCUUUAAUGUUAGAUGCUAUUGAAAAGGAGUACCAAGGAAGAAAAGUAGAAGGAGUGCCGUUUCAGCGAUUCGUCAACUACAUUCAAAAUAUUGACAAGAACGCAGCUUAUGAUCACUGGCACAAAUACUACCAGCUGUCGCAAGCCACAAUUUUCCCCGCAACCCCUUCGCCAGCAAAUACACCGAAUGCUGAUGAAAUGAUCGAACAUUGCUUCACAAAUAUAACCUGGGCGAAAACAAAUAUCACAGCAUCUACCGUUAUUCGCACGGCCUGGGCGAUGCUCCAGGGAGCUUAUACAGGUUCUAGCGAUGUUGCUUUCGGUGCGACUGUCACCGGCCGGCAGGCAGCAGUUUUGGGUGUUGAGCAAAUGGCAGCACCCGCUAUCGCCACUAUUCCUGUACGAGUCGCUUGGGAGUCAAAUCAAACUCUCAAUGAGCUAUUGCAGCUGGUACAGAAACAGUCAAUAGACAGCAUCCCAUACGAACAGAUUGGCCUGCGGGAGAUCCGCAAAGUUAGCCAAGAAGCAGAACACGGCUGUAACUUCCAAACUCUCCUCGUGGUGCAGCCACCUGGACUGGCGACAGAUCAAAGUACAAUUUUUGAACUAAUAUCCGAGCAUAUCGGCGCACUAAAUGGCUUCAAUACAUAUGCUUUACAACUCAUAUGCACUCUCUUAAAAGAUAGCUUGCAUGUGAGCAUCAGCUUUGACUCGACUACUAUUAGUAGGGCAGAGAUAGAGAGAAUUUUAAGCCAAUUUGAGCACAUAAUAAGAAUUAUUUGCGACGAAAAAAUACGAAUGAAGAAGCUACAUGAAAUCAACCUCCUAAGCAAUGAAGACUUGCAGGACAUUUGGAAUUGGAAUGCAAGGUUGCCAGAAACGGUCGACGAUCUGAUUCACAAAAUGAUCGAAAAAAUGGCGACCCAACAACCGAAUUCGAUAGCAAUACGGGCAUGGGAUGGAGUGUUGACCUACGCGGAGCUUGACUGCGUUGCAUCAAGAUUUGCACGUCAUCUUGCAAAGAAAGGCGUGCAUGCAAACGUGCUCGUCCCUUUGUGUUUCGAAAAGUCCAUGUGGACAGCAGUCUCAAUGCUUUCCGUGAUGAAGGCUGGCGCAGCUUCACUGCUUCUUGACAUCAACCAGCCAGAAGAACGGCUGCGGGCGAUAAUACGGCAAAUUAACCCGCACGUUAUCCUCUCAUCUGCCGAUAACGAAGCUUUGGCCACUCGAUUGAGCGAUACUCCGGUCGAGAUAGAAGUCGUAAGCAGAGCAGCGUUACACGCUGUGAGUGCUGAUUCGCUCAAUAUUUCACAAGAUAAUACGGAAAAUCUCACAGUGUCACAUUCACCGUUGGACCUAUUAUAUGUUGUCUUUACGUCUGGCAGCACUGGCACCCCCAAAGGGGUCAGGAUUUCGCAUCAGAACUUCUCCAGUGCUGUAAAGCACCAGCAGACUGAACUUGGCUUUAAUUCGUGGAGUCGGGUGCUGGAUUUUGCUUCUUACGCCUUUGAUAUGGCAUGGUCGAAUUUUAUAUUUACGUUGUGUACUGGCGGUUGUCUUUGCAUAGGGUCGCAGAGCGAAAUGAGAGACGACCUCGCAGGUUGCUUACGACGAUAUGAUAUUACUUUUAUACAAUUAACCCCAUCGCUUGCCAGAACUAUCGAUCCUAUCAUACUUUCGCGCUUGGAUGUUCUUCUUCUCGCUGGGGAAGGACUCUCCAUGACGGACGUUAAUCACGCCUCUGGCGUAAAAAAGCUUCUGAACGCGUACGGCCCUGCAGAAUGUUCUGUAUGUGGAACCGCAUCAAAUCUAAAAACUCAUACAAGAGGUCCGCCGCCAAUCGGAAAGGGUAUUGGCCAGUGCACAUGGAUAGUAGAUCCAGAAGACGAAACAAAACUUGUUCCUAUUGGUGUCGAAGGUGAACUAUGGUUAGAAGGCCCGCUAGUUGGUCAGGGCUAUUUUCACAAUGAAGAGCACACAGCGGCCGCGUUUGUUCAAGACCCCGCCUGGCUUCUAAAGGGAUCGCCAGCUAAGCCUGGAAGAAAAGGACUUCUUUACAAGACGGGAGAUCUCGUACGGUAUACUGCUGAUGGCGCGCUUAUUUUUAUUGGGCGCAAAGAUAGCCAGGUCAAGAUUAGAGGACAAAGAGUUGAGCUCGGCGAAGUGGAGUAUCAUAUUAACAAGCUACUACCCAAUGAAUAUGGUAGCAUACAGAUAAAGGCUGAGGUGGUUGUUCCUCUCGAUGGAAAUGGCGAGAUAAUGGUGUUGUUUGUCUGCGCUUCUGGCAUCAAGGAUAACGCAUCCCACGACCAGCUAAAGCCCAUCAUCUCGAAAAUCAAGAAAGAAGUCGAUCAGCGCCUCGCUGAGAUACUUCCGUCAUAUAUGAUCCCCUCCGCCUUUGUACCAAUUACAAUUUUACCUUUGACUACCACGGGAAAAAUUGAUAGGAAAGUUUUGAAGAGAAUUGGUAGCGAGAUGACUUUUAAAAAGUUAUUAGAGUUCCAACCAAAGCAACAAGCUGAGAGAAAGCCGCCCGGUACAGAAGCUGAAGAGCUGAUGUGUAACUUGUGGGCGACUGUUCUUGGUGUGAAUCCUAUAGAAAUCAGCACCGAAGAUAGCUUCCUACGCAUUGGCGGCGACUCAAUCCAGGCUAUGAGACUAGUUGGCAUGGCGAGAAGCCGGGCUAUCAAACUUGUCAGAGCAGCAAGAGAUCAAAGCCUAUCAAUAACGGUUGCCGACAUUUUCAAACAUCCCCAACUAUGGGAGCUUGCACAAGUAGCAACAACAGUGGAGCAAGCUGAGACAGAGGACCAAAUAAUGCCAUUCUCCUUGCUCAACGCGGGGCUGAGCGAGGAUGAAGUUCGACGCGCUGUGGCAGUACUAUGCGGUCUUGAAUCCGUUCAAAUCCAAGACAUUUUCCCUUGUACACCACUGCAAGAGGGCCUUCUAGCGUUAACUGAAAAGGAAUUUGGUGAUUAUGUUUCCCAAAACGAAUAUAUAUUGCAACCAGGAACAGACAUGGCCAGAUUUAAAAAAGCAUGCGAGACUGUUUUUGAUGCAUUUACUAUUCUACGAACCCGCAUCGUGGAUUUGCCUGGUCAAGGGCUAGUACAAGUAAUUGUCGACGAAACCAUUCAGUGGCAGACUGAUGAAGUAAAAAGCCCUGGGCUCGGAAGAAAGCUUACUCAUUUUCUUCUAACUGUAGAAGAAGAUUUUUGCAUCCGCUUUUCGUGGGAGAUUCAUCAUGCCCUUUAUGAUGGCUGGACAUUUCCUAUCUUGCUCAACGCUAUCUCCAGCGCGUAUGAGGGCAAAACGCAAUUUUCGAACACCCCCUUUCAAGCAUUUAUCCGCCAUCUCCAAAAUACAGACAAAAGAGCAGCAUGUAAUUUCUGGCAAGCUCAGUUUAAAGGCUUUCAUUCACCACCCUUUCCAUCUCGCCCUUCCGUGCGGCAAGCUCGAGUUGCUGCUGUUAUUGAUCGAAAAAUCAUGGAUGUCCAGUGGCCUGAUACUGAUAUCACAGCGCCUACGGCUAUUCGUGCGGCUUGGGCUCUCGUACAAAGUUCUUGCAUUGGUUCAAACGACAUAUCAUUCGGUACUAUUGCUCUUGGUCGACAACUUCCAGUUCCUGGUAUUGAGCAGAUAGUAGGGCCAACCAUUGCUACAGUUCCAGUACGAAUACUCCUGAACCCCAGCGUACAGACAGUGGGUGAAUUUCUACGCCAAGUACAACAGCAGGCAAUAGAUUCGCUGUCUUACGAACAAAUCGGCCUCCAAGAAAUUCGCCGAGUGAGUCAGGAAUCAGAACAUGCCUGCGACUUUGCCACUUUACUUGUUAUCCAGCCAGAAAGUCAAAGCCAACUACCGAUCAAGCUGUUUGAGACAAUUCCGGAUGAUGAAGCUUGGUUGAAAAAUCUCAGUACAUAUCCUCUGCUCAUUAUUUGUCAGCUUCAAGAUCAAGGUGUUAAUAUACGCCUGAGCUUCGAUUCAACGGUCGUGGGAACUGACCAUGCGCAGAGGAUAGCAGAGCAGUUUGAGCAUGUCUUGCGGUUGGUAUGCACUGAAGCGCAAACAAAAUUGAAGCUCGAUAGCAUUGAUCUUAUAACACAACAAGAUCUACAAGACAUCUGGAAAUGGAACUCAACAGUUCCUGAGACGCUGGACGUAUGUGUCUACGAUCUUAUAGCUGAAACAAUAGCUGAACAUCCCAACUCCUUGGCAGUCGAUGCAUGGGAUGGAACACUAACAUAUAAAGAGCUUGACUACUUAUCAAAUCAGCUAGCAAUUCAGCUCUUCCAUGCUGGAAUUGAACCAAAUAUGCCUGUGCCUCUACUGUUCGAGAAAUCUAUGUGGAUGCCCGUGAGCAUCCUUGGUGUUUUAAAGGCUGGGGCGACCUCAGUUGCAUUGGACAACAGUCAGCCAGAAGAGAGACUGAAAGGUAUUAUCCGCCAAGUUCAGCCAAAAAUUAUUCUUUCUUCGGUUUCGAAUGCUACACUAGCAUCCCAGCUAGGGGAAAAGGCAAUACAAGUAAAUAUCGUCUGCAAAGAGACGGUUGAACUUGUAGACCCUACUGCGGAAAGCACUGCAGAAUUACAAGCUUUGAAAGAUUUAAGGCGCCCCUUUCAUUCCCUAUACAUAAUAUUUACUUCAGGUAGCACAGGCGUGCCUAAGGGAGCGAGAGUAUCGCACAAAAGCUUUGCAAGCGCUAUGAAACACCAAAAGAGAGUAUUCAGUUUCAAUGCAACAAGCCGUGUAAUUGACUUUGCAUCCUAUGCCUUUGAUAUGUUAUGGACAAACUACCUCUUUACUUUUCAUGCUGGGGGAUGCCUUUGUAUUAGGCCAAAGAGCGAAAUACAAAAUGACUUGGCCGACUGCCUACAAAGGAACCGAAUUUCGUACGUGUUUCUCACACCCUCCUUGGCGAGGACCAUUGACCCAGCAGCCCUUUCCCAACUAGAUGUCCUAGCCUUUGGGGGGGAAGGGCUGUUACUCUCUGACGUUACCCGUUGUGCCGGUGUAGGUAGAGUCGUGAAUAUCUACGGCCCUUCGGAGUGCACUCCCUGCAGCACAGCGGCUGUUAUCACGGACUACAAAAUGACACCGCAGAUUGGCAAGGGACAGGGACAGUGUACUUGGAUCGUCGAUCCAGAAAGCGGCCAAAGAUUAGUUCCUAUUGGAGCUGAAGGAGAACUCUGGCUUGAAGGUCCUCUAGUUGGUCAAGGAUAUCUUGAUAACAAUCAAACGCUAGCCACAUAUGAGGAAGAUCCAGCUUGGUUAUUACGCGGGGCACCUGGUGUAUCUGGUCGACGAGGACGGCUCUACAAGACCGGAGAUCUAGUUCGCUACGAUUCAGAUGGUACGCUAAUCUUUUGUGGCCGCAAAGAUUCCCAAGUUAAGAUAAGAGGCCAACGGGUCGAGCUCAGUGAAGUGGAAUACCAUGCGCAACAACAGCUUCCCCAUAACAGUGAGGGCAUACGCAUGAUUGCCGAAAUAAUAGUUCCCAGAUGUAGUGACAAUGCUUUGUUGGUCAUGUUCAUUUGCCUUCGAGGCUUUGAUAUGAUGUUAGCAACAGAUGAAAGGCUGAAAACCGAAGUCUCGGCUCUAGCAGGGUCGUUGCAAGAGCAGUUAUCAAAGAAAAUACCAUCAUACAUGGUGCCGUCAGCUUUUAUCCCCGUUCCAACGAUGCCCAUGACAGGAACUGGAAAGACAGAUAGGAGGGCAUUGCGAGAGAUUGCUAGUAAGCUAACUCUUGAAGAGCUUGCGGCAUUGCAACCACAAAGGCAGAAGUCGUACAGGGAGCCUCAAUCGGCAUCAGAAAAGAAGCUCCAAGCUCUAUGGUCAAUGAUUCUUAGAAUUGAUGCAGCAAGUAUUAGCGCGGACGAUAGCUUUUUUAGAAUCGGAGGAGACUCAAUCCAAGCAAUGCGACUUGUUGCAGCAGCUAGAGAACAAGGUUUGGCGUUGACGGUAGCGGAUGUUUUUGACCAACCAGAGCUAUCCAACUUGGCGCAAUUGAUGAAGGAACAGAGUGAAAUCAUAGCCACAGAUGCUCCACCUUUCUCACUUCUUAGUGAAAGUGCCAAUCGCUCCACACUGGUGCAGCAAGCGGCGUCUCUUUGUAAGGUGCAGACUACGCAGAUUCAAGACAUAUUUCCGUGCACGCCGUUGCAAGAAGGGCUUCUAGCCAUGACUGAGAAACGUUCUGGAGACUAUAUCUCGCGAAAUGUUUAUAAACUUGAGUCACGAAUAGAUACAGAAAGGUUUAAGAACGCUUGUGACCGUGUGGUAGAUUCCUUACCGAUCCUUCGAACGCGAAUCAUCAACCUACCGGGGGAAGGUCUUGUCCAGGUAGUAGUUGACGAACGCAUAGAAUGGAAUUUGCAACAAGAUCACAUCGGACUUGGCACAAAACUCAAUUCAUUUGGAUUACAUUAUGAAGAUACAAUUACAAAAUUUUCAUGGACAAUACACCAUGCUUUAUACGACGGAUGGUCAUUCGCCAUCAUGUUGAAUGCAAUCAAAAAGGCUUAUAACGGAGAACGCGACCUCACAAUGGUCCCACUUCAGCGAUAUAUUCAAUACACCCAGGAGACGGAUAGUGCUGCGGCAAUCCACUUCUGGAGACGUCAGUUUGAGGAGUCUCGCCCGGCUAUAUUUCCUCAUUUCUCAUCCUUGGCACAUAUACCUCGCGCGGAUACUGUCCUUCGGCACCAAAUUGCACAUCUUAGCUUUCUCAAAACAAAUAUCACAGCUUCCACUGUAAUCAAGACUGCUUGGGCUUUAGUCCAGGGUAUUUUCACCAAUUCUGACGAUGUCGUAUUUGGUGCUACAGUAACAGGAAGGCAAAUACCCGUUGCUGGCGUGGAACAAAUUGCAGCUCCCCUCAUCGCCACAGUCCCUGUGCGCGUUUUGCUGGAUCCGAAUGUCAAUGUAUCACGUCUGUUAGAAGAGGUUCAGCGACAGUCGAUCGAGUCUGUACCAUAUGAGCACAUUGGCCUUCAAGAGAUACGUAAAGUCAGCCCAGAAGCACAUCAAGGAUGUAGCUUCCAAACGUUGCUCGUUAUUCAGCCAUCGGAAAUAGAGAAGGUUCCAAAUUCAAUCUUCACGCCUGUUGACAUGACCGAACAAGGGAGCAGUCAGGCUAGUGCAUUUUCUACAUAUGCGUUAGAAAUCGUUUGCGUCCCCCAGGAUGAUGGCCUUGCUAUUCUAUUAAGCUUUGAUUCAAGAAUAGUAAAAAAGCAAGAGGCUAAGCGAAUAAUGAAUCAAUUCGAGCACAUAUUACGCUUACUAUGUACUUCAAUCCUUCAGGAAAUAACAUUGAAUGACAUUCAAAUUGCCACUGAACAGGACAUUGAAGAUAUUUGGAACUGGAACGCUGUUGUUCCACCUUCAAAUGAGACGUGUGUCCAUGACCUAUUGGCUCAAACGGCGCGUAAACAGACUAAUGCGCCGGCCAUACAUGCAUGGGAUGGACAGCUUUCAUAUGGAGAGCUUGACCUGCUGUCAUCGCGACUUGCUGCCCACCUGAUGAAAGAAGGCGUUAGACCUGGUGUUGUAAUCCCUCUUUGCUUCGAGAAAUCUGUCCUCACGCCAGUUACUAUGCUCGCAGUGAUGAAGCUUGGCGGCGCUUCUGUUGCCUUGGAUAUCAAUCAGCCAAAAGAACGACUACGAAGCAUAGUACGGCAGAUACAAGCCAAAGUUAUUCUUGCAUCUACUACAAAUAAAGACAUCGCUGUGGAACUAGCAGAACCAUCUACCAGAGUACAUAUCAUCAGCACAACAUUCUUAAACGAGUUAUUGGAAACUGAAACAUUUCAGGUCCAGAGUUUAGAGCAUGUGGCUAUCCAGCCCUCUGACUUGCUAUAUGCUGUAUUUACAUCAGGCAGUACAGGUUUACCAAAAGGCGUCUUGAUAUCCCAUCAGAAUAUUGCGUCCACAAUAACAGAAGAAGUUAAGACACUCGGUUUCAAGCCUGGCAGCAGGGUACUUGAUUUUGCCUCUUAUGCUUUCGAUAUGUCUUGGUUUAACUUUAUAUUUACUCUAUAUAACGGUGGAUGUCUCUGUAUUGGCUCACAAGAGGAGAUGUACAACGACCUUACUGCUUGCAUUCAAAAAUAUAGAGUUAGCUACGUUCAGCUAACUCCAUCUCUUGCACGGUCGGUUGACUUACAAAGCCUGACAAAUCUGGAUGUUUUAGCUCUAGCGGGAGAGGCUCUAAGUUCGACCGAUGCCGAGUAUUUCUCUUCACUUGGCAAAGUGCAGGUCGUGAAUAUUUACGGGCCUGCGGAAUGUACUCCAUGUAGUACUGUUGCACUUAUCACUGCUGAAAACAAGACUGAGCCUCCAAUUGGUAGGGGGCGCGGAUUACGAACAUGGGUUGUCGACCAAGAAACGGGAAGCCGCUUAGUGCCCAUUGGUACUGAAGGAGAACUAUGGCUGGAAGGUCCACUGGUAGGUUAUGGAUAUUUUGAUGACCAGAGGGGGCAGACCUCAGCUGCAUUCGUUGAAGAUCCCAUGUGGCUACUGCAAGGAUCAGGGAGAGUCCCCGGGAGGCGCGGUCGUCUGUAUAAAACAAGGGAUUUGGUGCGAUACAACGCAAAUGGAGAACUUGUUUUUGUUGGACGCAAAGACUCUCAGGCAAAAAUUAGAGGCCAGCGCGUGGAACUUGCGGAGGUUGAGCACCAUGUUAGAAAAUUACUCCCAAGCGAUGAAGAUAUUCAUGUUAUAGCUGAAGUGGUGACUCCCUAUAAUUCGGCCGGCCAGAUAUUGAUUGCGUUCAUCUAUCUAAAAUCUUCCAGCCAAGAUAAUGCAGACUUACCGACAACUUUAGCGAGUUUGGACAGUCGACUUGCUGAUAAGAUUCCAUCCUAUAUGAUCCCAGCUGCAUUUAUGCCACUUGCUGCUAUUCCGAUGACAGCAACUGGGAAGACUGAUAGAAAGGCACUGCGUGAAAUGGGUAAUAGGCUGGCCAUGGAAGACAUUGCUGCAUUACACAUAUCACAACAGCCGGAAGAGAAAAAAACACCACUCACUUCUGAAGAAAGAUGUCUGCGCCAACUAUGGGCAUCGGUAUUAAAUAUCGAUUCUACUCUUAUGGAUGCAAACACCAGCUUUCUUCGUAUUGGCGAUUCGAUCCAAGCUAUGAGACUUGUGGCAAUAGCAAGAGAACAGGGCAUGCUCCUGACUGUCGCUGAUAUUUUUAAGCAGCCCCGGUUAUGUGACCAAGCCAAGCAGUUGAAGUGGAAUACCACAACCUCUGAGGAGGAAGUAAUAGCUCCAUUUUCUCUUCUCAAAGACGGAAUCACGGCUGAAUUUGCUCAACUACAAGCCGCAUUGCUUUGUAACGUUUCAAGUAAUCAGAUUGAGGAUGUAUUACCAUGCACUCCGCUUCAAGAAGGACUCUUGGCAAUGACACAAAAGCGGAGUGGCAAUUAUAUUGCACAUAUUGUAUUUAUUCUUCAGCCCCAUGUAGAUCUACAAAGAUUUAUGCGGGCUUGUGAAGAUGUCUCAGCAGAAAUGCCAAUACUUCGCACGCGGGUUAUUAACCUCCCUGGGCAGGGGCUUGUUCAGUCCAUCGUCGACGAGCCAAUCCCAUGGCAAGGUGAGAACAGUUCAGACGAUUGUCUUAACCCAUCUGCUUCAGUCAUUAUGGGACUAGGAACAAGACUUAGCCGAUUCGAAUUGUCUAGAGAUGACAAACAUGGAGUUCUCUUUUCGUGGACCAUACAUCACGCACUAUACGACAACUUCCUUGUUUCAAUGGUGCUCGACUCAAUCGACAAGGCAUAUCUCGAUGCGCAAAGAGCACAAUAUGUUCCAUUCCAGAAAUUCAUCUCCCAUGUUCAUGAUAUAAAUGCAUCAGCUGCUAUCAAUUUUUGGAAAGGCUACUUUGAUGGAUCCCAAGCAGAUGUAUUUCCUCAACUGCCCUUGCCAGGAUAUUCUCCUUCGACGGAUAAAGUACUUAACGCAAUAAUCACCAAUAUCACGUGGCCAAAUACAGAUGUAACGCCAGCCACAGUUAUUCGGACUGCGUGGGCACUAUUGCAAGCAUUGUAUACGAGCUCAAAUGACGUCGUAUUUGGCUGUACUGUCACUGGCCGACAAGCCGCAAUACCAGGAGCGGAACAUAUUGCUGGUCCAACCGUAGCUACAGUGCCAGUCCGGAUAAAGUUUCCAGAGGAAUCAGAUAUAACUAUGGAAGAGUUGCAGACGCAAAUACAACAACAAAGUAUAGACUCGAUACCUUUUGAGCAAAUGGGCCUUCAAAAUAUCCGCAAAAUAAACGAAGAUGCAGAGCGCAGCUGCCAGUUUCAGACUUUGCUCGUAGUACAACCAGAAAAUUUAGACGGGCAAUCCAGCAUCUUCAGACCUCUUGAAAAUCCUCAGACCCAGCAAGAAGUCAGUGUGUCAUCCACCUAUGCUCUAGAGGUUGUCUGUGAUUUCAAUCCUCACAGACUAUCUCUAAAGCUCAUUUAUGAUUCAAACGUGAUAGGCACCGGGAAGAUUACAAGAAUGCAAGACCAGUUUGAGCAUAUCCUCCGACUUUUGUGCGAGGAAACCCAUCAAAAAACUUUGCUUCGGAAUUUGAGCUUAAUCAACCAAAGCGAUCUAGAAACUAUUUGGAACUGGAACGCAUCUGUACCCGAAUCAAUCAAAGUCUGUAUACAUGACAUAAUUUCAGAUAUAGCACAAAAGCAGCCAUAUGCGCCAGCAAUAUGUGCUUGGGAUGGUGAACUUACCUAUAUGGAAUUGGAGUCAUUGGCAUACAGUCUGUCCCUCCGCUUAACAAUAAUGGGCAUCGGGCCGAAUGUGAUAGUGCCUCUUUGUUUUGAAAAGUCAAUGUUGACAGCAGUUGUUGCAUAUGCUGUAUGGAAAACGGGCGCAGCAUGCUUCUUGGUAGAUAUCAACCAGCCAGAAGACCGGCUCCAAUCUAUUAUACAACAGAUACAGCCAAAGGCAAUACUCUCAUCGACUGCGAAUAAAGCGCUGGCCUACCGACUGCAGGAAGCUGCUGCUGGAAUGCAACUAUUAGAUGUCACAAGAUACUUUGAUGACAUCCUUAGUAACGACAUUUUCACAAAUGAUAUUCAACUGCCGCAGGCAGCAGCGAAAGCAAAACCAACAGAUCUACUCUAUGUUGUAUUUACCUCUGGCAGUACCGGGACACCCAAGGGAGCUACAGUGUCGCACCAAAAUUUCGCUAGUGCAAUACGGCAUCAGACUGAUCGCCUAGGAUUUAGCCCGACGAGCCGGGUACUGGAUUUUGCGUCUUAUUCGUUCGACAUGUCAUGGUCUUGCAUACUGUUCGCUCUUUGCAAUGGAGGCUGUCUUUGUGUAGGCUCUCAAGCAGAAAUGCGAAACGAUUUAAUAGGCUGUUUCCGUCGAUAUGAAAUUUCACACGUUUCAUUGACGCCUUCCGUUGCUCGCACUAUAGACCCAACAGCGAUUUCAGGACUAGAGGUUUUGCUAUUAGCUGGUGAAGCAAUGUCCCCAGCCGAUAUCAGCCGCUUUGAGGGAAUACCCAAACUAUUGAAUGCAUAUGGACCCUCAGAGUGUUCUAUUUGUGCGACAGCAGCCGUUGUCGAUCUGGUUGUUCCAGGCUCCGCCGUUUCAAUUGGAAAAGGCAUCGGGCAAAACACUUGGGUAGUCGAUCCCAGCAACGGCAACUACCUUGUUCCUCUUGGAGUCGAAGGAGAGUUAUGGUUGGAGGGUCCGUUGGUUGGUCAAGGAUACCUCAAUGAUGAGGAACGCACUUCGGCUGCGUUUAUUCAUGAUCCACCUUGGUUACUCAAAGGGCUACCAGAAUUGGGAAUAUCUGGUAGAAGGGGGCGUCUUUACAAGACAGGAGAUAUAGUACGCUAUCAGCCAGAUGGUACUCUAACUUUUGUUGGUCGUAAGGACUCACAAGCAAAAAUUCAUGGCCAGCGACUGGAACUUGGUGAGGUUGAGUAUCACGUCCAACAACUGCUUCCUAAAGAUCAAGACGUGAGAGUUGUCGCUGAGAUAAUAAAUCCACGUAAAGGCAGCGCUAUAUUAGCGAUAUUUAUCAGCAUCCCGGAUAUCGAUCAACCGCAAGCACGAGCUGCCGAUAUAGCAGGCAAAACAAGGCAGAGGUUGGCUAAACUGGUUCCGUCAUAUAUGAUCCCUUCGGUCUUUAUACCUAUUGCUGUAAUCCCCACAACAGCAACAGGGAAAAUAGAUCGCAAGGCGCUCAAAACAAUCGGCGGCGCUCUCACAACGGAAGAGCUGGCAGCACUUGACCCGAAGAGGAGCCAACAGCAGCGCUUGCCUACCACAGCCGCAGAAAAGCAAAUGCAAAAUCUAUGGGCAUCAAUUCUAGAUAUUGAUGCCUCCGAAAUAUACCUCGAUGACAACUUUUAUACAGUCGGCGGCGAUUCUAUCCAGGCAAUGAGACUGGUGGUCGCAGCGCGAGAACAGGGUCUGUCGCUUACAAUUGCAGACAUCUUGACGUCAUCAAGCCUCUCUGAGCUUAUCCGUUUAGAAAGUUCGGAUGAAGAGGAUGAUCAAAGUGUUGCUGAUGAUACCGCCUCAUUGCCGUUUUCUCUUCUUGGCGACGGCAGCCCACUUUCUAUCAGUGCCGUACUAGAAACUGUUCCGAAACUUUUAGACCCUGAUAUUAUGUCGUUUACUGAUGUAUAUCCCGUCACUACUAUUCAAGCCGACUUUAUUGAGAUGGCAAUGCGAAAAAAUCCUCUGAGCUGUGCAGCGAUGUAUUUUGAUUUCCCCAGCGAUAUGACGGAUGUCGAGCUAGUCACAGCGUGUUCAAUACUGUGGGACAAGUUCGAUAUUCUCCGCGCCAUUUUUAUCCGGCACGAGGGCGCUUUCUUCCACGUUAUUUCGGAUGCGAUAGAAGUUCCUGUUUGUAUCCAUCCAAUAGAGGGAGACCUUGAAUCUUCACAGCUUCAUUCAAGGAUACUCGCGCAGCCAUUACAGCUCGGAAGACCUUUCACUAUGUUUCAUGUUCAGAGAUCAGCUAAAGGACCCGUACGACUGACAAUAAGAAUAGCCCACGCACAAUACGAUGGACUAAGUCUUGGUCCACUGCUAGCCACCCUUUCAGCUCUCUUGUCUCAUCAACUGCCGCCGUCAGUUCCACAAUUUUCGCGAUAUAUCAGGCAUAUCCAGCACUUGGAAGAGAAGUCUUUCCCAUUUUGGAGAAGCUUUCUGGAAAAAUCACAGCCAUUGCAAAUGCCCACGCCCCGUAAUUUAGAACACUCCACGGGAAAGGUGCUGCGGCUGAGCAGGACUAUCCCAGCACCAAGGAGAAUUGAUCGUACGACUUCCGCCACGGUAUUCAUCGCUGCAUGUGCUCAUGCGCUAGCUAAAUUUACACACUCAACGGAUCUGAUAUUUGGGCUUAUUGUUUCAGGUCGCUCAUCUCUCAGCGCAAAGCUAAAAGAUGUUAUGGGGCCAUGCUUGAACAUAGUUCCCAUUAGGGCAAAGAUCCAGCAAGAGACAUUGCUGAAAGAUAUCAUCAGCCGGAUUCAGAGCCAACGCCACAGUAGUGCUGCAUAUGAAGCUGCAGGGUGUAAAAAUCUUCUACAGAACUGCACAGAUUGGCCUCCAAGCUUACGGCGGUACAACUGCAUUGUUCAGUUUCAGAAUAUCGAUGAAAGCCCUGCUCUUUUCUCUGGUCACGGACCGCAGCUCAAUAUCGUUGCCAAGCCUGGCCUGGUGCAAACCAAUGAUAUAUUUAUCAUUGUCAAGCCUACAAGAUAUCACUGGUAUCUCGAAAUUUCUGGGUCGGAUUCUUAUGACUUGAAACAGCUUAGAGAGUUUCUUGACGGAGUUUGUACAUCGAUAUUGAGGAUCUAA